AUGACGACAAAAUACACAAUCCCUCUCAUCUACCUCACCUGUUUUCUCUUCCUCUUCGGCGAGACCGUCCAGCCUGCACCCCGCCUCGCGAUCUACGAGUCCAUCGUCUGCCAACAGUACUAUGGCUCGCCGGGCCCUCACGACUGCAAGGUUGCGCCCGUGCAGCAGGAACUGGCCUUGCUUGGCGGUAUCGAGCGGUUAUCGAUUAUUAUUCCGAGUGUUCUCGCGAUACCUUUCGCCGCGCUGGCGGAUCGCUAUGGCCACUCGUUCAUCCUGGCCAUCGCGAUGUUUGGCGUAUUGCUGGAAGACGGGUGGCCGUUUCUAGUGACGUGGUUCCCGGAUGUGUUUCCUAUCCGGUUGAUAUGGCUGCAUUUCGUGUUCAGCUGUGUGGGCGGGGGCUUCACGGUUAUAGUCACGCUUCUGCACGUGAUUAUUGCGGAUGUUGUGAGCGCGGAAGAACGGACGGGGAUGUUCUUCCGUUCACGGGCUGCGGGUGUGGCUGCGAGUAUUGUGGGGUAUGCUACUAGUGGGCUUAUGAUGAGGGUGAAUGAUUACUUGCCUUGGGCAGUUGGCCUCGUUAGCCUUGUCCUUGGCACGGUGACAGCAGCGAUGAUACCGAACCAGACUGUCGAGGAGGCUACCAAGCCUGCCGAAGCCGGCGGUGAAUCUGCAGGGUGGAGAAAGAGAUUGCAGAGUACGGCUGAGGCUCUGAAGGAAGUUGCCACGCUCCUGCUUGGGAAUAAGCAAGUAGUAGCUAUGCUGGUACUGGUAUUUUUGUGCCAGCUGGGUUUCGAUGCAGGACCGCUCAUGCUGGCCAUUUAUGUCUCAAAGCGCUUCGGUUGGAGCUUUUCGGAUGCUAGCUUCCUCAACUCGCUUGAGAUGAGUGUGGAACUACUCAUGCUUGUGCUUGUCCUUCCACUACUUACUAUAAUCUUGUCUGCCCACUUCCCGAGACUCUCUCCCGCUAUGAAAGACAAGCACAUCGCAGAAUGGAGCCUGGUAGCCCUUGCGGUCGGACAGCUCUGCUUGGGCUUUGCACCUGUUGUAGCUGUAGCUAUCUUGGGCGUCAUUAUUCUAGCCAUGGGAGCAGGCCAGGAUUCUCUACUGCGCUCUUUAGCAACAGAGCUGGUUCCUGCUCGCGAUAUCAGCAUUCUAUACUCGGCUAUCACCAUGUUGCGUGCUAUUGGAGGCUCCAUCAGCGGUCCAAUAUAUGCUUGGCUGUAUACUGUUGGCCUCAAUCAGGAGCAUGAGGUGUGGCUUGGUCUUCCUUACAUUGUUGCGGGUGCAUUGUUCCUAGUCGCGUUGGGCCUACUGAUCGCCUUGUCGGUACCGGAAAGAGAGGGAUACGAAGCGAUCGAUGAUCGGGAAGAAGAAGAAGAAGAAGAAGAAGCUAGUGCUUAA